AUGAAGGCUACUAUUAUCAGCACUCUUCUCCUGGCUGCCAGCACCACCCUCGCAGCCCCCAGCAACCUCAAGCGUGCACUCCAGCCUCUGCAAAUCAAGAACCUGGUUGGGAACCUUUACACCGAGACUCCUCCUACAAGCAACAACAUCGUUUUUGCCCUCAACGAUCCCAACACCAAUGUUGACACUGACUGUGAUGCUGUCUGGUCCAUUGGCCAAGCCGGAAACCUGAUGUUCCCCUGCUCCAAUUCGGCUUACCAGGUUAACUUCCCCAACGGAAUCUAUAAUAUCGAAGACUUUGUGCUGCGGGUUUCUCGUACCGAUGGUACGGAGGCGGGCCAGAAUACAGUCUCGGGGGCUGAUUGGGUGUGUACGACGAAUGAUGGGUAUCCCGAGGAGUCGUGCCAGUGGGUUGGUGUUUUCAAUGUUGAUGUGACAGCGUCUUCUUAG